GUGAAUCGAUGGUUAGUAGCGGGUUAUUGGGAAAAUUAAUAGAUUCCAUGGUCAACAAAAAUGAGGAUUACUCAUACGUUCUCGUGAACUACAUGUCCUUACUAGCGAGAUUGAUUCUUAUCGAUCCCGAAUUUAUCAUAAAUUUUAUAACUAUUGCUGGUCAGCAACAAGGUCCGAUGUAUAAUGACAAACACCUACUAAAUGUAAUACUAGAGAUAUGGUUGGACAAGUUUGACAAUAUUGGCCAUCCAAAGCAGAGAAAGUUGAACGCGAUGGCUUUCGCCACAUUAAUUUCCACGACAAAUCCAAUAAUUUUGGGAUACUUGGCAAUGUUUGUUGCAAUUUGGGGAGAUGUGUUGAGUGAAGUCAAGGAAUCGGGCGGUGGAGACGCAUUGGUCUAUUGGCAAGAAGAAAUUUCCACUGAGGUGGGAACGGAUGGCGUUGACGAUACACCAGAGACUAAGAGAAAAAGAGCGCUAUUACAGAGAGAUCCCAUACACACCACGAAUCUGACUCAAUUCAUUCGACUGAAGCUUGGAGAGUGCGAAACCCUCAACGGUGGAGCUCAAAUAUUUAACCAAGUAGACAGAACCGAUUUCAUUUUUGAAGAUUAG